AUGAGCGAGCCGACGACGCCCUCCUCGCCGCGGCCCAAGACCAGGCGCAACAUUUCCUUUGCCAACAUCAACUGGGAUCCGCGCCGCCCGUCCGCCUCGCACCAGCGCCCGGCCAGCGCGCACCCUACCGCCGACAACGGCCGCAACCGCCCCUCGGCCCUGCGCAGCAUCUCCUUUGCGCACCCAAGUCAGCCCAAGAAGCAGCACUCGGCCGUCACCCACGCGCACAACCGACCGGGUGCGCCCCCGCGCGCGCUGUCCUUUUGCGACACGCGCUUCACGCCCUCGGGCCCCAACCUGGCGCUCCGCCAGGGCAGCGUCUCCGGCCCGUUUGCGUUCCUCAACCCGACGACGGCCAUCUUUGACAUUCACAGCGCCGAAGGCCUGGCCGACGGCGAGGAUGCGGAGCAGGGCAAGCGAGCGCGCGUUCGCUGGAACGCGCGCGAGUUCCGAAAGGGCCGCCACGUCUUUGUCCUCCCGCGCGCCGCGCCGCUCGCCCACCGCCUGCGCACCACCUCCCAUCCCAAGCGCGUGCUGCUCGGCAUCUGGCGCAUGUUCACCGUCUUCCCCUACUGGGACGUCUCCUGGCUCAUCGGCGUCUCCUUCACCGUCGGCUGCGCCCUCUUCAUCGCCUGCGGCUUCUUCUACUGGCUGCCCAUCGCCUACCCCGAGACCGAGUUCGCCCACGAGACCGACGUCGCCGGCGGCCUCACCUCCUUCAUCGGCGCCACGCUCUUCCAAAUCGGCGCCUUCCUCCUCAUGCUCGAGAGCUGGAACGACCGCGCAGAGACCAAGUUCGGCGGCGCCAUGGAGGACUUUUUCGCUGAGCGGUUUAGUUUUCGGAGGGGUGCGGUGAGGGGCAGUAUUCGCUUGGAAAAGGAGCACUCACAGGAUGGGGAGACGCCGAGCGCCAGCAGCAACAUGAUGACGAUGACGACGACGACGACGGGGGAUGAGGAGAGCGCGAAUCCGGAAAACGGCGGUGGUGCGGCGGCGCGCACCGAGCAGCAAGCCUACGCCGCGAGCCGCAUCGGCAACACCAACCCCUUUGGCGAGCGCCAGUGGCAGUGGCUCCCCUCGUGGCACGACGUCCGGACGCACUACAUCUACGAGAUUGGCUUCCUCGCGUCGGCGACCAUGUCGCUCGGCGCCACCAUCUUCUACCUCUGCGGCAUCCUCGCCCUGCCCGGCAUCCACCUCAGCGUGCAGGCCAAAUGGGGCGCCUACUACCUGCCCUACCUCGUCGGCGGCAUCCUCUUCGCCCUCGCCUCCGUCUUCUACAUCCUCGAGACGCAGCCCAACUGGUACACGCCCCAGCCCUUCAAGAUUGGCUGGCACAUUGGCUUCUUCAACCUGCUCGGCGGCAUCGGCUGGACCUUUGCCGCCUCGUUUGGCUACUGCGGCGCCCACUGGUGCGACUACCAGAGCGAGCUGGCCCUCAUCUGGGCCUCGAUUGCAUUUACCUUUGGCAGCGCACUGCAGUGGUACGAGUCGUUGGAUAAAUACGUCUUUGUGAUUGAGGAUUGA